CUCAGUGUGUUAUGUGUGUUUCAGAUCGAGGCUAUGAAUUCCUCGAGAGAUUGGGUGGUGUUAUCAACUGCGGCGGUUUUGGGUGCUUUAGCCUCAACUUCGGUUAUAUCUUUCUACUUUUUCUUCAACGGCAAAAGAAAGCGCUUCCCCUUUUCCUCCGCCACCUCCAACGGCCGCCGGAGCAGCAGCAACGUCGUCGUCUUCAAUUCGUCGUCUAACGGCUCUGAUGAGAGUCGGGAGAUUAAAGCUCAACCCUUGAACCCUUUUGAUCCCUCCAAACGAAAAGGAUAUUUGUCAUGGGAUGACUACUUUAUGGCAAUAGCAUUUCUAUCAGCUGAGAGGUCUAAAGAUCCCAAUAGGCAGGUUGGUGCAUGUUUGGUCAGUCAAAAUGGCAUCAUAUUAGGCAUUGGCUAUAAUGGAUUCCCACGUGGUUGUUCGGACGAUAUGCUUCCAUGGUCAAAGAAAUCCAAGAACGGAAAUCCACUGGAGACAAAGUACCCUUAUGUUUGUCAUGCUGAAGUCAAUGCAAUUCUUAAUACAAAUCAUGCAUCUGCUGCAGGACAGAAACUCUAUGUUACUAUGUUUCCAUGCAACGAAUGUGCAAAGAUUAUUAUCCAGUCAGGUGUGUCAGAAGUGAUAUACUUUGUGGAGAAGAGGUUGGAUAACUCUCAAACUACCUACGUUGCAUCACAAAAACUUCUAUCCAUGGCUGGUGUGAAAAUUAGAAGACAUCAACCUCAGAUGAAUCAGAUUUUGAUCAAAUUUCAGGAGCUAUAGGGGAUGUGCCGAGGGUUUAUGUCACAGGGUAUAUUAGUACCUGUCAACUAACCAAUGCGUAUCAAUGCUCCCUUUUGCAUUUGCAGUUCAAGAGCCAAGUUAUUUUCGCAUUACAAGGUGAUUACCCAAAUGAGGAGAAAGGAAUUGGUCAGACUUGUAUUCCGGGAGCCAAGAGACCUGGUCCAUGGAUGUAUGAAUCAUAUAACUGGACGAAAAGAUGUCUGUUUUGUAUCUGAUUCAUAGUAUUGAUGUUGUACGUGUUUGAAGAUGAUUAUUCCUUGUAAUUGAAAAGCAGACUUGGUUGUCUUCCUCCUUCAUUUUGACAAGAA